AUACAUAAGAUGCUUGGAUUGAUAUUUUGUAUUUUUCAUUUAAUAUGUUUGAGGAAAACUCAUUAUCGAAAUACUGAGUUACCUGAAUCAUUCAUGUCGUAUAAAUUGGCUUUUAUGGCUAGCUAAUUUUCUUGACUGAUCCCAUCUUGUUCAGAAACUUAUUUGAGUAAGAAGUCGUCGACCUUGUUCACUAUGAAUGUUUCAGGAGCUGUGUCCCAAAAUGAAAUGCCAUUGGCCUUAGAUGCAAAAGCCGAGGAAGAAUAUGCUUCCCAGGCUAAAUUACUUCAAGAGUUCACCAAUAUAUGUAGCAUUGACAAGGCAUGGACUUUUAAGUCUGAUAAUGGAAAGGGCUCCCAGGCAAUGUUUCUUGUUAGCCAAGCAAAUCUCUUGGCAAACAAAAGGAGGAAACACAUGCUAUCUGCUCAUAUUUCACAGGAAAGUAACCAUUCUGUUAGCUUUCAGUGGACCCCAUUUCCUGUUGAGAUGACGGGUGUGUCUACAACUGUUCCAUCACCGUCAGGUUUGAAGCUUCUUGUAGUUAGGAAUCAGGAAAAUGGAUCUCCCACCCAAUUUGAGAUAUGGGACUCAUCUCAGCUGCGAAAGGAAGUACACGUCCCACAAUCUGUUCAUGGAUCAGUAUAUACAGAUGGGUGGUUUGAGGGUAUCUCUUGGAACUCUGAUGAAACCCAAAUUGCUUAUGUUGCUGAGGAGCCAUCUUGCUCAAAGCCUAUGUUUGAUGGUUUUGGCUACAAGAAAGGAGAUUCUACAGAUAAGGAUUGUGGUAGCUGGAAAGGUCAAGGAGACUGGGCUGAGGACUGGGGGGAAACUUAUCCAGGGAAAAGGCAGCCAGCACUCUUUGUCAUAAAUGUUAACAGUGGAGAUGUUCGUGCUGUUCAAGGAAUUGAGAAGUCCUUGAGUGUUGGACAAGUUGUAUGGGCGCCAUCAACCAGUGGUUUGGAACAAUAUUUGGUUUUUGUUGGAUGGUCAUCAGAAAGUGGUCCACAGAAAAUUGCAAGAAAGCUUGGUAUAAAAUACUGUUACAAUAGGCCAUGCUCCUUGUAUGCAGUUAGGUCUCCAUUUCAUGAAGAGGAACCUGAUAAACUUCCACUCAAAGGUAAUGAAAGCAACAGUUCUGCGAUGGUUAAUCUAACUGAAAGUAUAAGUAGUGCCUUCUUCCCACGGUUCAGUCCAGAUGGAAAGUCUCUAGUAUUUUUGUCUGCAAAGAGUUCUGUGGAUAGUGGUGCACACUCCGCGACAGAUUCGCUUCACAGAAUUGACUGGCCCACAGAUGGAAAGCCAUGCUCAUCUGCAGCCAUUGUCGAUGUGGUCCCUGUAGUGGUGUCUGCUGAGGAUGGUUGCUUUCCUGGGCUUUAUUGUUCAAGUUUCCUUGCUAAACCUUGGCUUUCUGAUGGUUUUACAAUGAUUUUGUCUUCCAUCUGGCGAAGCAUUCAAGUGAUACUUUCUAUAAAUGUGCUGAGUGGGGAAAUAUCGCGCAUUAGCCCCAUUGACUCAAGUCAUUCAUGGAUCGUUCUUGCGCUGGAUGGGGACAAUAUUCUUGCCGUGUCUAGCAGUCCCAUAGACCCUCCGCAAAUUAAGUAUGGAAGUCCUACAAAGAAGGAAGAACAUGCAAGUGGUACAUGGGUUUGGAUGAAUGUCUCAAGCCCCCUAUCCAGAUACUCUGAGAAGGUUCUAUCUUUGCUAUCAUCCCUUCAGUUCAGUAUAAUGCAGAUUCCUGUAAGGGAUGCAUCCAACAACCUUAGUAGAGGUGCCAGUAAACCUUUUGAAGCUAUAUUUGUAUCUUCAAGUUCUCAGAAGGAUGGUGAAUGUAAUCCACUAAUUGUAAUGCUUCAUGGUGGACCACAUUCUGUCUCUGUGACAAGCUAUUCAAAAUCUCUAUCAUUUUUAUCUUCAAUUGGUUACAGUUUGCUGAUAGUAAAUUAUAGAGGUUCACUGGGGUUCGGAGAGGAGGCAUUACAAUCUCUUCCCGGGAAAGUUGGGUCCCAGGACGUUAAUGACGUUUUAACUGCUAUGGACCAUGUAAUUGACAUGGGACUUGCUGAUCGAUCUAAAAUAACUGUGCUUGGAGGUUCACAUGGUGGUUUUUUGACAACCCACCUAAUUGGCCAGGAACCAGAUCGGUUUGUUGCAGCAGCUGUGAGGAAUCCUGUUUGUAACCUUGCAUUGAUGAUGGGUACCACUGAUAUCCCUGACUGGUGUUAUGUAGAGGCCUGCGGUAAUAAAGCCUAUUUCACAGAGGCACCUUCAGCUGAACACCUGCAUCUUUUCUACAGCAAAUCUCCUAUUUCAUACAUCUCGAAGGUCAAAACUCCAACACUAUUUCUUUUGGGUGCUCAAGAUCUUCGAGUUCCCGUUUCCAAUGGGUUGCAAUAUGCUAGGGCAAUGAAGGAGAAAGGAGUUGAGGUCAAAGUUAUUGUGUUUCCCAAUGAUAUUCAUGCAAUUGAACGACCACAAUCUGACUUUGAAAGCUUCCUUAACAUUGGAGUGUGGUUCAAGAAGUAUUGUGCAUAAACACGCAUUUCCUUGACAAAAUGACUCUUGGGGUUAUAACUUGAUUAGAAUUUCAUGAUUGAAAGUACUAUUUAAGGGUAUUUGAAACCCACUUGCAUCAAUACGUCAGUAUGCUCUUUUGUUUGAUGAGGAUGGUUCUCUUGGUCCUUUGAAGUUUUAUGUUAAAAUGUCAAGAUUGACACAGGAAUGAUCCUUUUAUCUAA